AUGUCGGGUAAAACACAGGCUGAACUCAAGAAAUUGAAGUUGGCAGAGCUGAAGAAGCUUUGUGUGCUAUCUUCUCUCCCCGUUUCGGGAUCUAAGCAGGAACUAGUUGAUCGCAUUCUUGCUCACGAAGCUGGGGAUUCUGUUGUGACAGUUCAACCGGAGGAGGAAGCUGAGUUGUUGGAUGAAGAUGAUAUUACUGCGGACGAUGUUGGUGUCGCUGCACCAACCACUGCACUCUCCACUGAGGAUCAACAGUUACAACGGGAGGCACCUGCUGAAGAUGGCUCAGAGAAAACGGCCGCACCCGUUGUGAGAACCGACGUCUCCAAGAUGACGCAGGAGGAGCGGAUUGCUCUUCGCAAGCAGCGUUUUGGUGGCUGUGAUGAUGGUGCUGCAAGUAUUACCAGCUCCGUCUCAGCCCCAAGACCACUUGGAAAUGCUGCAGAUUGGGAGAAACGAAUGGAGAGAGCUAGACGAUUUGGUCUACCGGUUGCGACAGUGCCCAAGUCGGAUUCAGAAAGAUGGAAAGCACGAGCAAUGCGAUUUGGAGUAAAUGGAUCUAAGCAGGUGGGAAUCACGGAGAAUUCUGAGGAAUUGGAGCGCAAGAGGAAGCGGCUGGAACGAUUUGGUGGCACAUUGUCCGAGGAAGAAAAGAGGAAAAAUGCUAGAGCGAUACGAUUUGGGUUAUGUGAGGCUAAAAAGAUGCGUAAUGAGUCGGAGGGUGUCCGUUAA